UGCCUGAGCAGCGACCUGGAGAGGUAGCCGCUCUGCAAUUGCACGCUGCUUUUACUUUAAAAGUAAAAGGAGAAAUUAGUAUCAGAAUAUUGCAGGUUUUUGUCAGAAUUUCUACAGGCAUCUCUGUACCAGGCUUGGUCAUCGGUGGAGCAAGCUCCCUCGUUCAUCAGCCAGUCCUAGAGUGGACUCAGGGACUCACCCCAGCAGCAGAGCAGAUCUGUUCUGGCUAGACCAGUCACUUCAGAGUGCACUGUACCCAUCCAAGCCAGGCUUCCAGGAUGAGAUGCGCAGGGCUGAUGGGGGUGUUGUUCACCCUGCUCAGCCUGUUGCAGCUGGCUGUGACUCUAAACAUCGCAGCUUUCAACAUCCGGUCUUUUGGAAACACUAAGAUGUCCAAUGCUACUAUCUCUGGCUACAUUGUGGAAAUCGUGCGUCGCUAUGACAUCAUCCUUAUCCAAGAGGUCAGAGACACCCACCUGGUGGCUGUUGGGAAGCUUCUGGAUGUGCUCAAUCGGGACGUGCCUGACACCUAUCGCUAUGUGGUCAGUGAGCCGCUGGGCCGCAACAGCUACAAGGAACAGUACCUUUUCUUGUACAGGCCUGACCAGGUGUCUGUUCUGGACAGCUAUUACUAUGAUGAUGGCUGUGAGUCUUGUGGAACUGACACUUUCAGCCGAGAGCCAACCAUUGUCAAGUUCCAUUCCCCGUUCACCACGGUCAGAGAGUUUGCGAUUGUGCCCUUGCACGCAGCCCCCGCAGAUGCUGUGACUGAGAUUGAUGCCCUCUAUGAUGUUUACCUGAAUAUCCAACAAAAAUGGGACCUAAAGGACGUCAUGUUCAUGGGCGAUUUCAAUGCUGGCUGCAGCUACGUAAGCUCCUCCCAAUGGUCUUCCAUCCGCCUUCGGACAAGCUCUCUCUUCCAGUGGCUGAUCCCUGACAGUGCGGACACCACGGUCACAUCCACAGAGUGUGCCUAUGACAGGAUCGUGGUUGCUGGAUCUCAGCUCCAGAGCGCUGUUGUUCCCAGCUCAGUUGCUCCCUUUGACUUCCAAGCAGCCUACAAACUUACCCAGAAGCUGGCUGAAGCCAUCAGUGACCAUUACCCGGUGGAGGUGACACUCAAGUAAACCUGAUGCCAUCAGGCCGUGCAGUAGGUGCUUCUGAUGGGGAGACUGCACCUGUCCAGCAGAC